GCCGACCGUUGCCGCUGGUGUCACGCUGCUCUCGUCGAAGGAAGUUCUGUCGUUGUAUAGGAAAUCGAGAUGUUUUAGCGCGCAGGAAGGUGUCAUGCUUAACCGCGUUCUUGUUCUGUCAUGCUAAGCUUGAUCUAACUGACAUAAUUCAUAACGCUGCUCGCCAUGGCUCAAAUGGGAACUUUCAAGUGCCCGUCGUGCGCUUUGCCCUACACGACAAAAGAGCAGCGAGGAACUCGGCUACCCCGAAUUUUAAAGUGUGGUCACACGUGCUGCGAAGCUUGUAUAAGAAGCCGUGCGUCAGCGAGCCACGUGUGCGAGUGCCCUGUUUGCAAGGACCAACAAAGUUUUGCAACCACCAGCAGCAUCCAAAAGCUGCUGCUCGAUUCGUAUGUUCUGGGCGUUGGGUAUGCUUGCAGCCGGCAGCAGCAAAUGCCACUAGGACCAAACAUGGAAUUAUUUAAUCUAACAAUGAAGAGUACCAUUCAGAAAGAGGAGGCAGCUGCAAAGGGCCCUACUGUUAUCUGUGAUGAAUGUGGUAGCAGUCCAGCCACCUGCAGAUGCGACACGUGUCCUUCAAACUUCUGCAAGCCCUGCUUUGACCAGCUCCACAGAAUUGCAAAAACAAUGCGCAAGCAUCAGCCCAGAAGCUUGAGUGCACCAUCAAUUGCUAUGGAGUAUGCCCUGUGUGGUGUGCACAAGCGCCUGCGGGAAUUUUAUUGCACCGUUGAUGGUGAGUUCAUCUGCACCUUCUGUGUUGUCGUGGGCGAGCACAAGAACCAUGAUGCAAUACCUGCAGCAGAGCAAAACAAGAUAUCCAUCUUGCAGCUGCAACCAGCCCUGGACAAAGCUAUGAGACCUUACAAUGGCAUCAGAAGAACUGUCAAGAAACUUGAGGCCAUCUGCAGGAGCUCUGACAACCACUACAACCAAUUGGCGGAGAACAUUCAGUUUGAAUUUCAGCAUUUGCACUCCCUCCUGCAGCUUCGCUCAAACCAGUUGUUAGCGGACCUCAAGAAGGCCAGUGAACAACACAUGCAGGGUGUGCAGGAGCAGCUAAAGCAGCUGAGAUCCAAAAUGGAAGAAUUCAAGGCUUUGCAGAAAGAAGUUUCAUCUGCAGUGGCUACCAAAACGCAUCCUCACAGCAUGCUCCUUCUAGAGCGGCUGGAUUCCUUUAGCAACUUUCCCUGCUUCCUCUUGGACGAUCUGCCAGAGCACAAGCUUGAGAUAGAGGUCACUUACGGUUCGUCACUGAAGGAGUCGUUGAAAUCUCAUGGCAACUUGAAGUUGACGCCUACAGAAAAUUUAUCCCUUUUGACAGUGAAAGACCUGCCUGAGGGGUACGAGGAGGAUGAUCUGGAUGAUACAGAUCUUGAAUCGGAAUUCACAAAUGAGAGGCAGCCUUUGGAAGAGCAGUCACCAGUACCAAGCACCUCCAGUGACGAGCUGCUUCAGAAAAGACCUGUAGCUGAACCAUUGGACAACAAGCGAGUCAUGGUGUCACACAUUCGUGAUCCUGCCAACUUCUACGUGCAGCUGUGUGCCUCUGCCACCAAGCUGCAGCGAUUGCAAAAUGAAAUCAACAAUUAUUGCAUGACGCAAGACUCUAAGUUACAGUCAGAAGAUGAGAUCGAAGUCGGCGGCAUGUAUUUGGCACAAUUCCUUAUGGACAACAACUGGUACCGUUGCCGAGUGCAGCGCAGGGCCUAUAGUGACAUCAGCGUCGUUGACGGGACGAGCUUCAGACAGAGCUGCGCCAACGUGGAGGUGUUUUAUGUGGACUAUGGAAACUCUGAGGUGGUGCCUAUGACUAGGCUACGGCGCAUGUCCCCUCGUUUUGAGAGGCUGGGCCACUUGGCUAUCAAGUGCUCUCUCUACAACGUAGUGCCUAGAGCCGAUGUACGCUGGAAAAAGGAAAACAAUGCUUUAUUUGGGAAGCUUACACUAAACAGGAAAUUGAUUCUCAGGGAGGUGGAACGGCAGGCCGACACCCUCCUUGUGGACCUGGUGGAUGACGGUGAAGGCGGCUGUGGGGAAGUCCGUGCCUCCAUCACAGAUGCACUAGUGUUUUUGGAAGCUGCAUCCUACCAUCUGCCCGAGAACCGGGUUCCAGAGAAACCUCAAGCAGCCACUCGUCGUCAGUAUUAUUCGCCCACUGAUCUCUGUGCUGGCCAGGUUGUCAACGUCGUUGUCAGUUGCAUACUCAGUCCACAAAAGAUGUUUGUCCAAGAGUUGGGCUCUUCUGUGGAAGGCAUGCAGACAAUGCUUGGAGAGUUGCAGCACUACUGCAACAGUGAAAGCACCGAGCUAGACAUACUGUUUGAGCCUCAAGUCGGUAUGGUUUGCUUGGCAAAGUUUCCUCACGACCAUUUGUGGUAUCGAGGCAAAAUAAUCAGUCUUGUGAGGAAGACCGAUGUGGAGGUGUUGUUUGUCGACUAUGGGAACCAGGAGCGGGUGCCCAUCAUAUGGGUCCGCCGCAUUCCCGACAAGUUCAUGUACCUUCCCAUCCAAGCAAUUCCGGUGACGCUCGCUGACGUGGGCCCUCUCUCUAAUGGUUGGACUGACGAGGUCAUAAAAAGGCUGUCACAACUGACCUUGAGCAAACAUCUGCUGAUGAAAGUUCACGCAAACAGCGAAGAAUUUCAGCGCACAAAAGUGUCACUUUACAUUCCGGGCAAGGAUGACACAGACGUGUGUGUGAAUGCUGUACUAGUCAAAGAAAACCUUGCAGCUAGCACGGGACCGCUGUCUCUUGUGGAAGACGUGCCAACCAUGAAAGCGCAUUUGAUCGCCCGGCCGAAGCAUUCCAUUGUUCAGACUUACGACGAGUCAAAGGUGGGUGGCAGGCGGAAGAAGCGGACUGCCCCCACGAUGUCAGGCCAAGCCCCUCCACCCGUAGACAUGCUUCCUUGUCUUUGGUCACGCAAGCCACGGCAGCCAUCCCACAGUUCCACGACCCAAAGGCCAGCAAUGGCUCUGCUGGCUGCUCUCGAGAUGCACAUGGCCGAGCCUUCCAAGGAACUCGCAGCGGGGGAACGCCCGAAGAAGGACUACGUGCCGGUGCACGUGACGUACCCAGAGUCUCCACAGCGCUUCUACGUGCGACUUACGGAGGAGGAGAAGGAUUUCAAAGCUCUUUCUUCCAGUCUUCAUAGUGCUUGCAACGACAAGAAAGAAAUCAAGGAGGAUUGGGAGGUCGGCCAGUGGUGUGCAACUAAAGGCUCUGGUCAACACUGGAUGCGUGCCAAGGUCUUAGACGUGGAGCAGGAGCAACUGCGAGUGUUUCUCGUCGACAGCGGCAGGCAGGUCGUCGUGCCGAGGGACGAAGGCUUCUCGCUGCCUGAGGCUCUGGCUCAGCCACCGCCGUUUGCGCAUGUGUGCCACCUGGCGGACAUGAUUCCAGCGGGAGGCAGCAAGACUUGGUCCAAGACUGCGGAAGAGGCAUUUGCCUGCCUCCUGUCCAGGCCUAACAGGAACUUCAUGGUGAAGCUUGGGGAGGAGCUGGGUGGCUCUCUUCCUGUCGACAUCAUGAUGGAGGAAGUGCACGAAGCUGGCGCCUUGGAGCCUAUGCGCAAGGAGUACAACAGUGUGAGGGAGGCACUGAAAGAGAUGGGCUAUGGCUUCAUAUCUAAAAAGAUUUCCAAGAAGAAAAGUCGCUUGAACACAGAGCCGGCUGCAGAAUCGGCAGGAGCCGCUCCUUCAAGCAAAUUAAAGGCUGCCAGUGACAUGGAAGCUGCUCCUUCAAGUGAGGCGGAGACCGCUGGAAAUGGCGAUGCUGACGCACAGAAAGAACCUGUGGUGUCUGAGACUGUCGCAGAAGACAUUACGUCUACACGGAGUAAAGACUCGGAACAGCAGCUCAUAAAAGUGGAAAGUGUACCUGAUGAGCUUUCUCAUUCCUGGGAGACAGUUUCUGAAGCUUCAUCUGGGAGCAGCGGAGCGUCUGAUUCGACCCCGCCCCCUACGAAAGUUGAAGACGUUUCUCUCAAAGCCUCAACAAAUGUAGAAGAGAAAUCCACUAAGGCCUGUACAAGUGCUGAAAAGAAUACCACUAAGGCCUCUACAAAUGUUGAAGGGGAAUCCACUAAACCAGCUUCGGCAGUUGAAGAAAGCAAUGAACAGUCGGAUGCAGCAGCUUCGAAAAGCUCUGAUGAAUUGGCUGUCAGUUCUCCAUCAUCAUGCAACACUGAAGCAGUUGCUACGCAGUUGGAUGGUGCAGCGGUGGAGGCUGCACACCUUGAAAAGGGCAAGGAUGCAGGAGACGAUAAAAGCGUAACAGAUUCGUCUCCAUCUUCAUGCACAACCGACGAUACACAGGAGGAAACAGAUUUUAUGGUGAUCCACGAUGAUCAGCCACAGUUCCAGUGGCAGCGUAGAUCCUUCCCCAAGGAAAAACAGCUGAUGGUUAUGCCAUCCCACAUUGACGAAGAUGCAGUGGUCUAUGUGCAGAUACUCAACUACGAAGACCGUGAGACCUACAAGGUUAUGAAAGAGAAACUGAAGGAGGCGUACUGCGAUCGACCGAAGCCACUGCAUCGCACUCUACGCAUUGGGCAGGCCUGCAUUGCGCGCUACUCGCUGGACAAGCUGUUCUAUCGGGCAGUCAUCCUGAACACGGGGGAGAAAGGCAUAGAGGUUCGGUUCAUUGACUACGGCACAUCUGAGUACGUGAGCCCCGAUGGCAUUUUCACUGACCUUAUGUUUGAGGAUGUGCCUGUGCUGUGCCUGGAAGUGGAGUUCUAUGGGUUGAGGCCGUUCUCUACCACCGGGGGCUGGCCACUGAAAGUUUUGGACACGGUGCACUACAUGAUGGUGGAACAAAGCUGUUCCAUGGUUGUGAAGACGAGGCCCACCAAGAAGUCGCGUGCCAAAGUGCUCCUCUUCUUGCCCGAUGGAGUGUCGCUCUACGAGUUUAUGCUGGAGGCUGGAUUGGCCUGCAAAAGUGUAGAAGAGCCCCUGCCCGACAGUGAUGAGGCGGACGACGAUCUCAUCCCCUGUCCCUAUCAGGCCGUGAAAUUUCCCGAGAAAGGUGUGUUUCCCGUCAUAGUGACAAACCUGGACGAUGCCGACCUGGGCAGUAUACAGCUUGCAAAGUUUGCCAAUCCAUCGAAUGACGAGCAAGCAGCCAUCAACGCAUCCAUUGAUGCCUUCAAUGACAUGGCGGAGGCCUUGCAAAAAGUGGCCGAUGACUGCCCCCACUUGCUGGACACCAGUUUGGGCACAGCCUGCAUUGGCAAGUACGGCUACGACAAACUGUGGUAUCGUGGCAUUGUGACUGGUGUUAAAAAGAAUAAGGUGACAGUCUACUACGUCGACUAUGGGAACAGCGAAUCCAUCGCAACAGAAAACUUGCGCGUGCUGCCAUCAAAGUUUCUGGAGGUUCCCAUGCAAGCAAGGGCCUGUCGCUUCCACGGCGUCCGCAUUGUUGGUGACAAAAGCAAGGCAAGGCUGAUGAUGUCGGACGUUCUGUUUGAUGAGAAAGUUGGGUGUCUUGCCAGAAUAAAGAACAAGGACAGUGACCCCAUCGAAAUAGACCUCAUGAAUAAUGCCCUGGAGCUCAUCUACCAACCUCUGGCUGAUGACGGAUGCAUCACAAUCGACAAAGAAACUUGAAGUAUUCCGAAGGGCAGAGUCCCAAGCAAGUCAGCUUCAUUGAUGGUGCCUUGUUUUGCACUGCUCAGGCAACAACAUUACAGUGGGAAGCUUUUUGCUUGACACUGGUUUGUGAUUGAAUGUUCCUUUCAGCACAAUUUCACACGUGCAAGAGAUAAGACAUCCCUUGUAAAAUUUGAGUCUCUUUUCCCAUUUAUAGCUUGUUUUUUUUUCUUCAGCUGAUGUCAUGGCUGUACAUUUGACAUUGUUCAUUUCCCAUUGCUGUGAUAUGUAAUUAAAGGUGGUUUAUUUUCAUGCUUCA